UACAGAUAGUAUCUCGUCACCUUUCACUUUAAGAUGCCUCCUUCAGCAGCGGCUGGUGCCGAAGACAGUAAAGCCUUGGUCAGAAAGAUGUUAAGGGAAGUGCUGGUGGGUCGAGAGGAUCCAGAAGGGUUUUUCGCGAUAUGUGUGUCGGCUUUGGGACACCAGGAGACCCGCACACAGUUCAUGUCUCUCAUCCAGCCCCUGUCCACGGCCAGCAGCUCCCUGCACUCUAUCCUCACCUCCAUCUACAAGGAAUAUUUCUCGAAGACGGAAGACAAAGAACUGGAACACACAUUGGCUCUCUCUCUACUGGAAAUGAAAGAUUACCACCUGUCAACUCCCCGCCAAGAACCUGGAGAUAGACUGAAUCAGAGAAGCUCUUCUCAACUUGCUGUGGUAUCUCGGCCUCCUCAGACACCCCAAGAGACUGAACUUCAGAAAAGCACAUGUGUUGAUAAAUUUAAUAAAGAGACACCAGGGACAAGUCAGACGGUGUGUGUCUCCAGACUGUCUGGCUCAUUUUCCAAGCAAAACACAAUUGAAGAAGGUGGCCACAUGAUGGAUGGGGGAGAUCUGAAUCAAUCAGAGAAACUGAAACGCUCUAAGAACAGGCGACAGCGGCGCAAAGGCGCUAACCAGCAGAUUGUAGGUUUGCCCUGUUCUCCGUUAGCACCCCCACCAGUACUGCUGUGGUUUAGGAGGGACUUGCGACUUUGUGACAACCCUGCUCUUAUGGGCUCACUGGAGGUGGGUGCACCUGUCAUCCCAGUCUUCAUCUGGAGCCCUGAAGAGGAGGAGGGACCUGGGAUUACGGUGGCUAUGGGGGGAGCUUGUAAAUACUGGCUUCAUCAAGCGUUGUCUUGUUUCUGUUCAUCUCUGGAGCGCAUUGGCAGCCAUCUUGUCAUCCUCAAGGCAAAUGGAGAGGGGAAUAAGGUUGGAUCUUCUCUGCGAACCCUGAAGGAUCUAAUAAAGGAGACAGGGGCGAGAACAGUCUUGGCUAAUGCCGUCUAUGAGCCCUGGCUGAAGGAGAGGGAUGAUGCGGUGGUGUCAGCCCUUCAGAAAGAUGGUGUUAAAUUCAGAAUGUUCCACUCGUACUGUCUCAGAGACCCUUACUCUGUUAGCACAGAGGGUGUGGGACUCAGAGGAAUAGGUUCAGUGUCUCACUUCAUGAGCUGCUGUAAACAGAACCCAGGGUCUGCGUUAGGGGUUCCCUUGGACCCUCCUGCGUCUCUCCCCACACCUGCCCACUGGCCUCAGGAUGUCUCUUUGGACGCGCUAGGCCUGGCAAGCAUGCCCCACAGGAAGGAUGGCACAACGAUUGACUGGGCAGCUAACAUUCGUAAGUCCUGGGAUUUCAGUGAAGGGGGAGCACAUGCCCGGCAAGAGACCUUUCUUCAUGAUGGUGUGUAUCGAUAUGAAAAAGAAUCAGGCAGGGCAGAUGCCCCAAAUACCAGCUGUCUGUCUCCCUACCUUCACUUUGGUCAGCUCAGCCCACGCUGGCUAUUGUGGGAUGCCAAAGGGGCAUGCUGUCGACCCCCAAAGUUCCAGCGCAAACUUGCAUGGAGGGAUUUGGCUUACUGGCAGCUAACAUUGUUUCCUGACCUCCCCUGGGAAUCCCUCAGACCUCCAUACAAGGCUCUGCGGUGGAACAGUGAUCGUGGCCACCUGAAGGCCUGGCAGCGAGGUCGAACAGGUUAUCCUCUGGUGGACGCAGCCAUGAGGCAGCUGUGGCUGACAGGCUGGAUGAACAACUACAUGAGACACGUGGUGGCGUCUUUUCUCAUAGCAUAUCUCCACAUGCCCUGGCAAGAAGGCUAUCGCUGGUUCCAGGACACUCUCGUGGAUGCAGAUGUUGCCAUAGAUGCAAUGAUGUGGCAGAACGGGGGCAUGUGUGGUCUGGAUCACUGGAACUUUGUCAUGCACCCUGUCAAUGCAGCAAUGACCUGCGACCCCUACGGCAAUUAUGUUAGGAAGUGGUGUCCUGAACUUGCAGCUCUGCCAGACGAGCUUAUUCACAAACCCUGGAAAUGUCCCGCAUCUAUGCUUCGACGUGCUGGUGUGGUGUUUGGCCAGACAUAUCCUGAGCGAAUAGUUACAGACCUGGACGAGCGGAGGAGUCAGUCUCUGCAAGACGUAGCUCUGGUGCGGAAAGUGUUUGGACAGUAUGUGGACAAGCGCUCAGGCUGUGACUUGGUGCCUCUGCCCCCACGCCUGGUCUCCGAGGCUCUGGGCUUAUCGCACAGGGAUGGGGACGUGGUGACCGAAGGGAAGCAGUUCCUGUUGCCUGUUAUCACUCGCAUGGAAUUCAAACACCAGCUUCAAGAUCCAGACGCAGAUGCCGCCUCAAAUCCCUACAAUGCUGUUCUAAAAGGAUACGUGAGCCGCAAGAGGGACGAGACCAUUGCCUUCCUUAAUGAAAGAGACUUUACUGCCAGCGUGAUGCAUGAGGGAACCCAGAGAAAGGAGAGGCUAGAGAGGGAUUAUCGCAGAAUGGAGGGACUCACUAGGCCUCCUGCAUCUCGGGGCAGGGCCAGACGAACCUCAACAGCCAAGGACAGGUUUUCUAUAGUACCUGCUGUGGCAGUCACCUCUCUCAGGUGACCCAGAGAUCAAGACUGAAAGUACAGUCUUCUGACAGUUAUGCACGACCAAAUUGUUAGAGAACAAUAGUCUUUCAAAUGAGGAAAGAACAGGCCCAAAAGUGUCAUCUUUAAAUAUACACUGAACCCAAAGAUGUGGGUAGAGUGAGGAACAUUUGUUUGUGAUGAGAAAACUGAGACAAAGUUUGCAAGAGGGAGGCAAAAUGAACAUUUUAUUCAUUGAGUAUAAUCUCGGGUAUUGAACAAUGGUAUCAUACCAGCCCAGGUGACAAACACUGGUCCGGGUUAGUUAAUAUUCUUGGUUUCAGUGCAGCUUCCUUUCUUAAAGCCCCAAUUAAUAUUUUUGAACAUACAAAUCUGGGGUAUGUUUCACAUAAACAUACAUUGUAGAGUUUGAGUUGUGAGUGCGGAAAAUUGCAUUGUUUCUCAGAAUUAUUUUCAAAUUAGAGACCUAUUUCACUGUUUACAAACUUCUAAACAACAUCAUAAAAACUGAGAUUUAUUCCUCAUCUAGUAGGAGGUUGGAUCAUGUUCCAAUCUUGAGUUUUGAGUGUGGUGUUACCUUUUUGUAUACUUAAUAUUUGUAUAAUGGAUUUUAACUUUAGGCUGGAAAUGUUGUGGUAGGCUGAAGAGGUUUUCUUCUUAUUUAUUUUAAGUGAUUAAAAUGAUUAAAUAUGCAAAUAGCAUUUAUAUUAUUUAUAUGUGAUGCUCUGACAUAGCGCCAAGUAUUAUAGCCUGUUCAGAACCUAAUGUGACAAGCUGUAAUUUUCACAAUACUGCCCACAUUUAUAAUAUCAAGUCUAAAUAAAAAUCACCAAGAAAAAAAA